AUGUCCCCAACAAUCAAGACUGCCACCUCAGAAACAAUAGAUCAUUGGUGGGCCACGAAGAUUUUUGAAUUUGUUGUCCAACUUAGCAUCGGGAGAUGUGAAAGCAAACAUCAUGUUAAUGUUUGUGCUUGUCCUUCCUCUCUUGGUACCACAUCAAAGCAUUACAAUAUCCACAUUCCAUUUGUGCAUCACCAAGAUCAGAAUAUUCUGUGUAUAAAAGAAAGUUUCCAGACAAGUAUGAUAUUAUUCCUGUUGGCCUUGAAAUCAGAAUUUAGCUAUUAUUCAAGUUCUAUAACUGGUGUACCUUCACGGUUACAUCCGGGUUGGUUAGCAGUUGAGAAUGGAGGACAUGGAUUGUCAUCUCCGAGGCUUUCGUCAUUAGAUGAUCCUUGUACUAUUGUAUAA